UGGCCAUAACCCUGUUGAAGAUGCCACAGCAGCCAUGAAAUUGGUUUUGCUGAAGCUGCAGCAUGACCUUACCUUUGGAGACACUGUUUUGGGAACUUUGCCCGAGUCUGUUUGGAGAAGAAUGAAAAACAUCACGUCUGAUACAAGUGAUAUGGAUUUGCAUCCCGAGCAAAGCACGUUGGAAAUGCUGAUGGAACACAAGAAAGCUGUGGUGGUGAUGGGGCCGUUGGACAUUAUGCAACGUUACAGGGAUCGUUGUGCAGAUCGUGGCCAGGAAAAGAAACUUAAUUUGAUCAGCUCCAGUUGCCAACCUCGACUGGUGCAAGCAGCUGCAGAAAAUGUGAACCAGCAUGACGCUAGCGUGAUUCAUUUGUUGCCUGAUAGAAUUGCUCUGGAAAAUCCGACUACGAUCCAAAACUGCAGAAAGGUGAAAUUGCAGGAUUCGUUGGAGAGGAUU